GGCGCCUGCGCGAGCGCUCGUGGAUCACCUGCGGCGGAGCUGUGAAUCCGCAGGUGGCAGGAGCCCCGCUGCCCGCCAUGGGCCGCAGAAGGGCCGCGCGGAGGCCGGGGGCCGAAGGCAGCCGCGCUCGGCACCCCGCGGGCCGCUCCCUGGAGGCCUUCGCCGAGGAGGUGGGCGCCGCGCUGCGCGCGUCCGUGGAACCAGAGGCGGCUGAUGACGGGGGCUCCUCCGGCCCGGCGCGGCUACCCUGCACGCUGGCCAUGUGGGAGCUGGGCCACUGUGACCCCCGGCGCUGUACCGGCCGCAAGCUGGCCCGCCUGGGUCUGGUGCGCUGCCUGCGCCUGGGCCACAGGUUCGGCGGCGUCGUGCUCAGCCCGGUGGGCUCCCAGUACGUGUCCCCCGCGGACAGACAGCUGGUGGCACAGAGUGGGGUCGCUGUGGUCGACUGCUCCUGGGCCCGCCUGGAUGAGACCCCGUUCGGGAAGAUGCGGGGGAGCCACUUGCGGCUGCUGCCCCACCUAGUCGCCGCCAACCCCGUGAACUACGGCCGGCCCUGCAAGCUGUCCUGUGUGGAGGCUUUUGCCGCCACCUUCUGCAUCUUGGGCUUCUCGGACCUUGCUGUCAUUCUGCUGCGGAAGUUCAAGUGGGGCGAGGGCUUCCUAGACCUGAACCGCCAGCUCCUGGACAAGUAUGCAGCCUGCAGCAGCGCGGAGGAGGUGCUCCAGGCCGAACAGGAGUUCCUGGCCCACGCCAAGGAGCGCCCCGAGGAGGAGGAAAUUGGUGAGGCCUGGCAUGGAUGCAAGCCCUCUGGUUGGGAGCCAGGACCAUCCAGGCAUGCCACACCUCCUUCUGAGAAGCCGAGGGAUCCUUUUGACUUGGAUUCUGGGCGCGAGUUUGCAAACCCCAACAGGCCAGUGGCUGGCACCCGGCUGCUUGCAGACAGCGGUGACAGCGACAGCGAGGACAAGUCUGAGGGGCACGGCCCUGAUGCUGAGGACGAAGGAGACCACGGCAGCAGCAGCUGCCCUGAGGAGGACAGUCCUCUUGAGCAAGGGGCAAAGGCCAAGGCCCCCGCAGAGGUUUGGGAAGGAAUCAAGAAACGGCAGAGAGACUAAACACUGCACACACGUUUAUUUUCAUGGCGGAGCAAUGAGGACUGGAGACACAGCAGAACUUGUGGGGACACAGACAGGCCUAGUAACCUCAGUCCUCACAGCACUGAGCAGCACCAGACUCUGUCCCCAUACAUGUGACAUGGCUGUGCUCUGGGGCUGUCCAGCCCUCCCAAUGAAGCUGCAGGCCAAGGAGA